AUGGCAUCUGUUACACUUUUUUCUCGUCGGCUCUUUACAACUUCGAGAUCUCCUCUGUUAAGUCAUGCGCGGCCAAUUGACACUAACUUUGGGAUAUUUCAAGGUACUCAAUUUUAUGUCCUGGGCGAUGUGUACUUGCUAUAUGCUAACUGUGGUCUUAAAGAGGGUGAUAGGGUAAUAUUAAACACGACGAAGGGUGUGACCCUGACGAAACCGCUUAAGAAAGACCAAAAAAUCGACGUACGCGGCGGGUAUAUUGAGCAUAACCAUAUCAUUGGUCGUGGUGAUUUCCGGAUAACUCAACCAACCCUCGAUGAAUAUGUGUCCCUAACCCGACGACUUGUCACUCCGGUAAAGCUCCCUCCGAAAGAGAGUUGUCAUUUACCUCUAUGUGGAGAUAUACUGUCGCUCCUAGACAUCCACACACCACCUCCAUCCGGAGACGAACAACAUGGUGAACCUCUAGAGAUUCUAGAAGCUGGGACAGGUCAUGGUUCUCUGACGCUGCAUCUUGCAAGGGCUAUAAAUGGAGCAAAUACUUGCCCACCUCCCAUCCCACAAGCUACACAACGGACAAUUUUGGACCCACAGAGCCAAGCUCAGGACACAGCCGAAGUAACAGAGGAGGAGAAUAUCAAACAGAAAAACUGGGAUGCAUGGAAGGCUAAGCGCAAUGCAAUUCUUCACACAAUCGAAAUUUCACCCAAGGUGUCAGCUCAUGCCGAGAAAGUGGUCCGCGGUUUUAGAAGAGGCAUUUACACAGGGAGUGUAGAUUUUUACGUUUCAAGCGCAGAGGGUUGGAUUCAGCACCAGAUUGAAAGCCGAAGCUCGAAUCUUCCCCCUGGAGAAAAGUUAAAGCCAUUCCUGUCAUAUGCACUACUAGACAUGCCAUCAGCAGAAAAGCGCAUUCCUGAAGUUGCGCGUGUUCUUAAGACUGAUGGAGUACUGGCAGUUUUUACACCAAGCAUCACCCAGAUUGGGGAUUGCGUUCAACUAAUCAAAGACCAGCAUCUGCCUCUUGUCUUAACAAAGUCAGUGGAACUUGGAAUGGGAAUUAGUGGCGGGAGACUAUGGGAUGUUCGGCCCGCAGUUAUAAGGGCAAGCGUGAAAAAUCGGGAGGAUGCAGAAGAGCCGGCUAAUGAGGCGCUAGACAACCUAGUUGAUACUUCAGCUACUAACAACCAAACGCACUACGCAAAAGAAGAUAGUGGCAUCCAGUCAUCACAAGAGAAUGGGCUUGGAGGAGAGAACCAGCCCGUCAAACAUGUGAUGGUUUGCCGGCCCAAAGUCGGAGAGAGAAUUGUGGGUGGCGGCUUUGUUGGAAUAUGGAGAAUGGGAAAGGUUUGA